AUGCCUUCCGAUAAGAAUCGACUCUAUAUUGCUCUCUAUGCACGCGGUGGCAAAGCCACUAUGCCAGAGAAGGAAGACACAUAUCACUGGGCUUUAAUUAUUGGGCCUAAAAAGGAGGGUAAAGAUUCACAAGGGACACGUUUUCACGCCAAAGAGAGUAUGGUCUCCUCGUCUGGGAAACACGAUUGGAAGUACGAAGAGGCGUCUAUUCGUCUCAUAGCCACUCAAAUGCUUCUAGUUCGGGUGAUGAUUGCGAAAAUUGAAGAUAAUGAUCGUAUGUUGCAGAUCCUGCGAGGGAUUCCUAUAAGAGGGGGAGAUGAAGGUUGGAAUUGUGUGGGAUGGAUAAGGGAGGCAUUGUUGGAGCUACAAAACGAUGGGAAGGUUUUAGGCACGUCCGUUAUGGAGUGGAUCACAGUUCGGAAUGCGGCGAUGGGCUAUUGUCAGAAGAAGAAGGAUGAGCAUCGUUUUGAUGGGGUGGUGGAGUGGAAGACUUAUAAGGCGGCGACAUUCGAUUUACUUGAUGGGAAGGAGACGAUACCUUAG